UUCGAGGUGAUCUGAUCUCGAGUACAAACCGUUUUCUUCAAUACAAGCGCAACUAUAACAAUUUGUCUUUGCUUAUAGAAGAUUAUUCAAAAAAUAUAUAAAGAUGACAACAAUGUUCGCAAAGGAAGCUGUCAAAUUGAUACAUGAAUUAGAUCAAUCGGAUGAGAUCAAACCGUUCAAUGAAGCAAUAUUUCGCACAGCAUUGGAAGAGAUUCAUACAUUGUAUAAUGAAAAUCAGAAAGACGCAAAUGAAUUGAUAGAAAAUAGAGAUAUAAAAAACACAUUGGUGGUAAGACAUCAUGCAAUGAUGAGGAAUAAACGUUGUUUAUUGGCAUAUCUUUAUCAUAGAAUUAGGAGAUUAAGGAAUAUUAGGUGGGAAUUAGGUAGUAUAAUACCAGAAGAAAUAACUAAGAAUUUAUUACCAGCUGAAACUGCAUGGUUUCAAACAUACAACAAAUCUCUAGCUAUGUAUAUGAAGUCUAUUGGAAAGGAUGGUCUUAAUAUUAUGAAUGAUUUCAAACCCCCAAAAUCAUUAUUUGUUGAGGUGCGAUGUGUCAAAGACUAUGGUAAAUUCGAACUUGAUGAUGGGCAAACUGUAAAUUUAAAAGAAAACACAUAUCAUUUAUUACCAAGAUCAGAAUGUGAAAUACUAAUCAGACAAGGAAUACUUGAGCAUGUUAUUCCUUCUUGAAUAACAGUAAUUUUGGUACAAUAAAAGUUAUUGAAAUUUUGUAUUCAUAUGGAGGCAUUAGUUCCAAAAAUUUAUUUUUGUAUAAUUCAAAAGUUGUGAUAAAUAAAAAAUUCAAAAUAAAACUUUCCUUUGAAAUGAUUAAUUUCUUGAGCAUUCAGAGUUUGGAUACUUAGCUACUUUUAA